AUGGCGCCAACACUUCGUGAUUCAUCUCCGUCUCCCUUUUACGUGCUAAUUGCUGGAGUUGCAACUCUACUUUUAAAGCACUUCAUAUAUUCUGAGGUAAAUAAAACAGAUUUGAAGCCGAAUAUCGAUGCGAAUGGACUAACAGAAGACAAGGCUGGUAAUACUCUCGCCAGCAUGGCUGUAAACCACCAGUACACACAAUCUCCCACGGCCUUCUCGGUCUGGGAAUGGUGA